AUGACUAGCAAAGGCAAAUGUGCUAUGCGGGGAUCCUGCGGGACGAAGUUUAGGAAGGAGUUACCAUGUCCAUACGACGGUCCUCCUGUCCAGUCAGACGACGAGACACGCCAGUUGCUUCAAGAUGUCUGUGGACCAGAACUAGCAACAGGACCGCUAUGUUGUACUUUCAACCAACUUAAAACCCUUCACAGCAACUUUGAGCUAGUCGAAAACUUUGUCUCUUCAUGUCCAGCAUGCAGGAACAAUUUUCGGGAGUUCUUUUGCACGUUUACAUGCUCUCCAGAGCAAGGAAACUUCCUGAACAUCACCAGCACCCAGAAGGGUUCGUCGGGCGACACUGCUGUCAAGUCCCUCGACUUCUUCGUUUCCGAGCAGUAUGGGAAGGGGUUUUUCGAUAGCUGCAAGAGCGUUCAGUACGGAAACACGAACGGCUACGCAAUGGACUUCAUUGGAGGAGGGGCGAAGAACUACAAAUCGUUUCUGAAGUUCUUGGGAGACAUGAAGGACCCUGGUAGUCCAUUUCAGAUCAAUUUCCCCGCUUCAGCACCACCGGAAUUCCCACCUCUCGACAGAGUCCCGCGCAAUUGCACUGACAAUGAUCUAUCCAGCAGGUGUACCUGCAUCGACUGUCCCAGCGUUUGCCCAGCAAUUGCGCCUGUUCCUCUGCCCGACCAAGGUCCGACCUGUCAGGUGGGGUCGCUCACUUGCUUGUCCUUCAUUCUCAUCACCACUUACGCCCUCUGUGCUCUCUCGUUCUUCAUUGGACAUGCUAUACAAAGUACUCUCCGUAGACGCAGAGAGAGUACCUACGAACGAGUGGCACUUUCUGAAGACACAGCAUCUCCUCGACUUAAUCCCCGCGGCCUUGUCGGUGCUGGCUCUCUUGCGCAGUAUAUCGAAGAAGAUUCUACACAAUCGGAAUCACGACACCUCGGGCGAGGAGCGUCUCUCCUUGACCCAAUUGAAACAGUUCAGCCGCGACACUAUCCUCUCAACAACUUCCUCCGCCGCGCUUUCUACAAAUUAGGCCUAUUCGCCGCAACAUCUCCUUGGUUAACAUUGACACUCGUUUUCACAGCCGUUGGUCUCCUCAACAUCGGGUGGAAGAGAUUUGAAGUAGAAACGGACCCUGUAAGGCUCUGGGUUGCACCAUCAUCCGAGAGCAAGCAGCAGAAGGAAUUUUUCGACGAGAAGUUCGGACCGUUCUAUCGAACUGAACAAAUCUUCGUCACCUCUGUGGGCGGAACUGUUGGGACAUCCUUCAACGCUUCGACUCAGGCAAUUACACUGGGCAACAAGCCGCCAGUCCUAUCUUACGGCCAUCUCAAAUAUUGGUUUGACGUGGAAGAUCGCAUUCGAAAUUUGAAGUCAGCCAAUGGAUACACACUUCGGGAUGUGUGCUUCAAGCCAGAAGGCCCACGAGGACCUUGCGUUGUUCAGUCUCUAGCCGCAUGGUUUGGGAACGAUCUAGGUGAUUAUGACGAAGAAACGUGGAAGGAUCAUUUACUUGGAUGCGCCUCGUCGCCGGUAGCUUGUCUUCCUGACUUCCAACAGCCAUUAGGACCUCAAUAUGUUCUCGGCGGGGUGCCUACCAAGGAGUCUGGACAAAAAGCGUACUUGGAAGCUGAAGCCAUGGUGGUUACCUAUGUUGUCUCCGACUCCUUAGCUGAAGGACCUCAAGCUGUAGCUAUGGAGUGGGAAACAACUCUCAAGGAGUUCCUUAGGAAACUCAGCCAGCGGGCACCGAGAGAAGCCGGCUUGGAGAUUGCAUUUUCGACUGGCAUCUCUCUCGAGGAGGAAAUCAACAAGAGUACGAACACCGAUGUCAGGAUUGUGGUUUUAUCAUACGUGGCGAUGUUCCUCUACGUCUCCUUGACUUUGGGAAGCGGCACUGUCACGCAGAAAGAAGAUGGUGUCAUAUCUUCGCUCGUUGAAUGGGGUUCAAAUUUCCCGAAACUUUUCUCCCGGUCAAGCAUCACGUCUUCCUCCAUUUCAGUUGACUCCCGCACAACACCACGCCUGUUCCCUCGCCUGCCACGAUCUCUCUUCGUUGGUUCCAAAUUUACCCUCGGAUUAUUUGGGAUUCUUCUCGUCAUUCUUUCUGUUUCGACCUCCGUCGGACUGUUCUCUCUCCUUGGUGUCAAGGUCACUCUUAUCAUUGCAGAAGUCAUCCCAUUCCUAGUACUGGCUGUUGGUGUGGACAACGUAUUCAUUCUCGUUCACGAGCUAGAUAGGCAGAACUUCCUACAUGGACCGAAUGCUGCCACGAACAAUUAUCAAGCACCAGUGUUGUCGUCCCCCAUGUCGCCCACAGCUUCGCAUCGAUCGCCGUUUGACUCCACGCACGAAGAGAUCGACACUGCCUCGAUGCCGCUUUACUUACCAGCAGAGGAACGAGUUGCGCGAACGUUGGCGAAGAUGGGUCCAUCUAUACUUUUGAGUACAAUCACGGAGACGGUUGCCUUUGGACUUGGUGCACUUGUACCAAUGCCAGCUGUGCGAAAUUUUGCCCUAUAUGCAGCUGGUAGCGUUUUUCUGAACGCUACGCUGCAAGUCACUGUGUUCAUCAGUGCUCUCUUACUGGAUCUCAAACGUUUCGAGGCAAGCCGCAUAGAUUGUUUCCCGUGCAUACGUCUUCCAUCGAGAAUUGCUCUGCACGACGUACCGGCGACGACCAGUGGGCUUGGGCGCUUAGGACGCUUCAUUCGGAGAUAUUACGCUCCUUUCCUACUCAAGCCCAUCGUCAAAGGGCUGAUCUUACUCUCCUUCGGCGGAUUUUUCGUCAUCUCUGUCAUCUCCAUGCAGCAUAUCGAACUGGGGCUAGAUCAACGAUUGGCUUUGCCUUCGGAUUCCUAUUUGGUCAACUACUUUGACAAUCUCGAUGCUUACCUCGACAUUGGACCUCCGGUGUACUUUGUCUCUCGAGAUGUUGAUGUGACGGAGAGACUCGGCCAACAAGCUCUCUGCGGACGAUUCUCAACCUGCAGCGAUACUUCUCUUGCAAACAGACUGGAAGCUGAGAGGCAGCACCCCGAAUCUUCUUUCAUUUCGGAGCCAACUACAGUCUGGGUUGACGACUUCCUGCGGUGGCUCAACCCAUCCGCUGACCUAUGCUGCCGCGUUCGCAAGUCAAAUCCAUCGGUGUUCUGCGGUCCACGCACUCCGAAUUGCAAACCCUGCUACGAGGGCCACCAACCGCCCUGGAAUAUCACUAUGGACGGAUUGCCAGAGGACGAGGAGUUUAUGAAGUACUUCAAGCAGUGGUGGAACUCUCCGACCUCAGAGGAUUGUCCAUUGGCUGGAAAGACUGCGCACGGAGCAUCGAUCGCGCUCAAUGACGCUGGGAACAAAAUCGAGGCGUCUCAUUUCCGAACUUUCCACUCUCCUCUCAAAAACCAGAAAGACUUCAUCAACGCCUUCGCCGCAGCUCAUCGUAUUGCCGAAGAGAUUUCAGAAAAUAUCGGGGCGACAGUCUUCCCUUACUCUCUCUUCUAUGUCUUCUUCGACCAGUAUGCCCACAUCGUCGCCAUCACUCAAGAGGUACUGGGCCUUGGCCUAGCAUCCGUUCUCAUUGUCACUGCCCUUCUUUUAGGCUCUUGGAGAACUGGUUCCAUCGUUACAAGCGUCGUAGCCCUGACAGUAGUCAAUGUUAUGGGUGUCAUGUCCAUCUGGGGCAUCAGUCUCAACGCUAUCAGUCUCGUCAACUUGGUCAUCUCCCUGGGUAUUGCAGUCGAGUUCUGUGCUCAUGUUGCUCGGGCCUUCAUGAGUGCUGGCACCGGAAUCCCUGUUGAUCAUCCAUCUGGUCAAAAGGAACGUGACGAGCGCAUGUGGACUGCCCUCGUUGACGUUGGACCCUCGGUGCUUUCUGGAAUCACAUUCACGAAGCUGAUCGGGAUGUCUGUGCUUGCCUUGACUCGCUCCAAGCUCCUUGAGAUCUACUACUUCCGAAUGUGGCUCACUCUCAUUAUCUCUGGCGCGCUGCAUGGAUUAGUCUUAUUACCUGUUGUACUGAGUCUCGCUGGAGGUUCUGGCUUCCCGCAACAAGAGGCGGACGAGGAAUGGAUGUCUAAUGCCAUUCGAAACGACUAUGAGUAUGCACCUUUCCUGGCCGACGAUGAUUCCUCAAUGAGCGACUGA